AUGAGGUCCACCGCCCUGGUUGCCAUAUGUUUCACCUCCACUACAGUCAAUGACGUCCAUUCGCCCACACCUCUUAUCGUCGUUAGCUCAGCUCGACCUCCGACACAGGUAAGAAAUGGAGGCAGAGAAGAUAGCUCGGAGAAGAGUGCUCCUCUGGGUCUUCGGCAACGGAACGAUGAAAUCGAUGCCACGACGGAUGGUCCCGUUCUAUCUUGCACAGUCUUCUUCGACACGAAGAAAACCAGCUCCAUCAAAGUGAUCCUCCUUGAGUUGCUCAUCUUUCCUAUGAAUAGCCAUUAUACCGGUAAAUAUUGA